AUGUCCGACGAGUUCGAGGAGUACAUUGAUUGGUCGAAGGGCGACCUGCUUGAUGCCUGCAAUGAUCCUGCCAUUGGUGGUAUGGAUCUUGGCAGUCGACGUUUUCUUGUCACGCCGGAUUUUGUCAUGCAGGAUUUUAGUCAGGAUCUACGCCCCGGUUUGCUUCAUGACAUGCCACAAAGCAACCUGGCCACGUUCGAGCAUUCCAAUGUCGGGCACACUUUGAAGCCAUCUCGUGUGCUGUGUCAAUUUUCAAGUGCAAAUGCACUUGAAGAAUCCGAUGACCGUAAUUCGUUUCGCAACGCCUCCCAGGUGCAACCGCCUUCUGUACCAAAUGCAAAUGGCCAAAUGCCCCAGGGGAAUGGGUCCAAUACAAGGGAUCGGGGAGUUUCUCCUUGUCGAGAUUGCGGGGAAUCAUUCCCAUAUUCCGACCGCAAGGACGGCCAUGCAAGGUCGUUCAACCAUGGAGCCUGGAGCUGUAAAGAGAUAGGUUGCGACAGAACCUUCGUUACCUUUGCUGAGCGCGACGCUCACGCGCGGAGGCCACAUACCUCUGGCCAUGGUCGUAUCUGGACACCAACCCCUAAUGACUGCGUUGAGUGCAUGGAGACACUUCCGAAAAAGGCGGACCUGCUUCGGCAUGCGAAAGAAGCUCAACAUCGGCCUUACGGAUGCGAGUGCGGGGCUCUGUUCUCCCGACUCGAUGUCCUCAACCGCCAUCUCGAGUCUUUCGGUAGCGAGGACCCCAAGUAUCCUUGCAAGUAUUGCAAGCUUCACCGCGGCCCCGACGGAUUCAGACGCCUGGAUCACUUAAAUCAGCAUAUUCGAAAUUAUCAUCACCUUGACACGGGAGAUGAUGCGAUCACCCCAUCGUCUCGCAUCAAGUACGUCUUUCCGGUAUGCUCUCAUCCUGAUUGUCCGCAAUACCGGGACGAGGCAUUCAAGCAGCUUCCUCGCAAGGCCCAGGCUGUGGAUAAGCCUUUCCAUUCCCAGUCGGCUUAUACGAAGCAUAUGCGUGAUGAGCAUAACGAAUGCACCUUUCCUUGCGGUGUUGCAGGAUGCAGCCGUACAGGCAGACGUGGAUACUUCAGAGAGAAAGAUCUUUUGAACCACCGCCGUCAGGAGCAUCCAGAUGCGCCGAAGUAUACUGUGACAAAAAGAGAGAUCCGUCUUCGAUGCACUGAACCUGGAUGCGAUAUGCUGUCGGACCCUUCCUCCAUAGGUCGUCAUCUCCGUGGGAUCCAUGGAGAGGGGCUCACCAGCUAG